AGCCUAUGUAAUUUUUUGAAGGAUUUACAUGCUCCUCUAAAAUGCCCAAAGGAAAGCCCAAGACUCCCACUAAUCCAGCACCAAGUAAUACUGGUGCUUGGGAAGCCAGUCUAGCAUCCACUCUUAUCAACAAUGACGAACUUAAGACGAGUGUUUAUCUCAUAUCGCCUGACAAGGUUGAAGACAAACUACAAUUACAAAUCCUGGGAUCAGCUGUAGAGACAAAUGUUCGACAGAGAUUUGUGUAUAUUGAGAAGGACAGUCUUGUUGCGCAGGGAAAAGAGCAUGGCAAAGGUAAAGAUAGUGGAUCAAAAACAUCUUUCCCAGAAAUAUUUGCCAUGCUUAAAUCGGCAGAUGAGCUCCUGCCUUCAGCAGUCUUGGCAAAGUUGCUUAAAGUAAAAAUUUUGGAGUACAGAGACGAAGAACUGAACAGAAGAGAGGAACUUCAGCAGGCAGAGCUUCAAAAAACGAAAAAGGCUAAGGGGGUUAAAGGGAAGGCCAAGGGUAAAACGGGUAAUGCAAGUCGGUCCCCAACCAAGUCUGUCUCUCCCGACAAAGGGGGUAAGAAAGAUGCAAAGAAAGGAGGUAAAAAGUCCCCUGUCAAAAAAGAAGGUGGAACUAACAUCGAUCCUGAGGCAGAAGUCGCAAGAGGGAAGUGUCCUUUGAAAAAAAGGGGAGAGGAGAAAGAAGAACCUGCCAAAAUCAACGAUUAUCCAGAAUUUAGUCCUGACCUUUUUGUACUUUGUGUUGGGUUUGAGCAAGCUGAUUUCAUGGCAGAGUGCCACAAAGCUAACCUUCCAAUCACCUCCCUUCUCAAAUCAUCUUCUCUGACAUACUCGUCUGACUUCUCUUGGAUGGAACACAUCUCAUCUUUUAAUAUGGGAUCGAAGGUGGUGUUACCAGACGAUAAUGAAGGUCCAGAAGUUGAGGCGCGGGUAGAUGCUCACCAGGAACUGAUUGAUAAGUUCUGGGAAGACAUUGCUGAACAAGCUACCGAGGUCCCCCUGCCAGCUCAUUUGGUGGAUGUUGGGUUCGAAAAGAUGUCCCUACCUAAAUUGGAAGUGGAUGCUGAAAUUAAGAAAGACAACGAGAGAAUGGAGAAGUUAUUACUGGCGCUUUAUCAACGAGUUGCUAAUAAGAUCUAUUCGAUUCAAUCCUCCCUAUGUCAAUUUAAACAGUACUACAAAGGUAUGGACAUGGUUGAGGUAGCGGACCUAACUGAACGAACAGAGGAUGGUGAACUACUGCACCCCCUAGAUAUGAGAUACUACAACAAGAUAAUAUCUCUACUUCCCUACGAGAGUGUUUCUCACGUGUCUGUCCUUAAUUGUAUGCUAGAGCAGGUAUGUGAAGAUCAGCAGCCGAAAAAGGAAGAACUGAAAGAAAUUGGAGAGGAAUGA